CAGAGUCGAUUCCUCUCUGUGGGUGAGUUCAAGCUUCUUGCAUCACAGACAAACACAGUUAAUGGAAGACGAGCGAGUGAGUUAAAGGUUUUCUGCCAUCGCUACAUCUGCACUCGUUUGUCAGCUUCACUUCAUUCUCUGGACGGAUUCCUUGUUCCUCGUUCCAGUUGUGACUGAAUGAUGUCAGACAUUGUCCUGGAAGAGAGCUUCAUUAAACGAUCCCAGCAGAAGAAGAAGACGUCCCCUUUGAACUACAAGGAGAGGUGGUUCAUUCUCACCCAGGAGAAAAUCUCCUAUUAUGAUUUUGAUCCCGACAAAGGGAAGCGAAAAGGCUUGCGAGGAUUUGUUGACCUUGAAAAGGUCAAGUGUGUGGAAACGGUCCAGCCGGAGCCCAACGGUCCACCUGAGCGUGUCUAUGCUUUCCAGAUUGUUUAUGAUGAAGGACCUUUGUACGUCUUCGCAAAGAACGAUGAUAUUCGAGCUCAGUGGAUAAAUAAGCUGAAAGAAAUGGUUCGCUUCAACAAGGAUCUGAUGCAAAAAUACCACCCUUGCUUCUGGGUUGACGGGUUGUGGCUGUGCUGCCAGCAGGAAGUUAAACAAGCAAUGGGUUGCAAAGUGCUGGACAGAAAGAAUGGUUUUAUGUCUAAACCAUCUCGGCUAAGGUUAUCCAGGAAACCUCUGCCUCCGACCCCAACAGAGGAGAAUCCUCCACAGCCCCCCGAGCCUCCUGCUCCUCCUGCGAGCAUGACGGUCAUCGCACAGUACCCCUACUCGCCCAUGACGGAGCAAGACCUGGAGUUAAGGAAGGACGAGGAGUACACCAUCCUCGAGAAGUCUGACACAAACUGGUGGAGAGCCCGAGACAAAUAUGGCAAAGAAGGAUACAUACCGAGUAAUUAUGUUGCGAAAGUAGAAAAUGGGCUGGAAAGAUUUGACUGGUAUAGCAUGAAUAUGAACCGUAGCCAGGCAGAAAAGCUGUUAAAGACUGAGAACAAAGAUGGAGGCUUCUUGAUACGGGAUUCAAGCAAAGCCGGGAAAUACACUGUGUCCUUGUUCAGUAAAGGCUGCGGGGAAACAAGUGGAAGUUGCAGGCAUUACAACAUCUGCACCACGCCACAGGGUCAAUUCUAUCUGGCGGAGAAGCAUCUCUUCAACACCAUCCCAGAACUCAUCAACUACCACCAACACAACUCAGCAGGCAUGGUGAGCAGGCUGAAAUAUAUCGUAUCUAACCGUAAGCGGCCUCCAUCAACGGCCGGGCUCGGCUACGGUAUGUGGGAGAUCGAUCCACGCGACCUGACCUUCAUCAGAGAGCUGGGCACCGGUCAGUUUGGAGUGGUCAAGUACGGCAAGUGGCAGGGGAAGCACGACGUGGCCAUUAAGAUGAUAAAAGAGGGCUCCAUGUCUGAGGAUGACUUCAUCGAGGAGGCCAGAAUCAUGAUGAAACUCCGCCAUGAGAACUUGGUCCAGCUGUACGGCGUCUGCACCGAGCAGAGACCCAUUUACAUAGUGACCGAGUACCUGUCCAACGGCUGCUUGCUGUCAUAUCUCAGGGAGGGACUGAAGCACCCGACAGCCGUGCAGCUCCUGGAGAUGUGCAAAGACGUCUCUGAGGGCAUGGCCUAUCUGGAGUCACAGCAGUACAUCCACAGAGACCUGGCUGCCAGGAACUGUUUGGUGGACGGUAAUGGUACAAUCAAAGUGACUGACUUUGGACUCUCAAGAUACGUCUUAGACGACGAGUACAUGAGCUCGGCGGGUUCCAAGUUCCCUGUUCGCUGGUCCCCUCCGGAGGUCCUGCUCUACUGCAGAUUCAGCAGCAAGUCUGACAUCUGGGCCUACGGAGUUCUGAUGUGGGAGGUGUACACUAUGGGGCAGCUUCCAUAUGAGCGCCUAAACAACACUGAAAUCGUGGAUCAGUUGUCCCGCGGUCAGCGCCUCUACCGCCCUCAGCUGGCCAAUGAAAAGGUUUACAGCAUCAUGUCGAGCUGUUGGACUGAGAAACCAGAUGAGAGACCAACCUUUCAAGAGCUGGUCACUUAUGUCCAGGACUUGCUGUACGAGCUGCAGUAGAUUUCACAGUUAUCCACACAAGCACAUGUCAUUCUACAGCAGCACAUCUGAACAGUGAAUGUGAAUAUGUACCACGGAUGUCAUUAUAACUGAUACAGUUACCGUAGAUCAGCAUUUAUAGGUUAGCAUUGUGUUUAUAUUUCAGUGUGGAAUUGUGACAAAUUGACAAUUUUUACAAAUGGAAAAUCAAGCUUUUGAAAGAGCAGAUCUGUUGCACUAUUAAAAGCCAAGUAUAGUCGGCUUUGAUUGUAAGUGAAAAACAACAACAUGACUUUAUUAUCACAGUAAUAGUUUUGCAGAGGCUGUAUUUUAAAUAGUUUUAUUAAAAUCAUAUUAGUAGUCUGCAAAUGUUAUAUAAAAGGAAAAUAGAUUUAAUUUACUAAAUGACUCUCUUUAUUAACCUCCUGUAGCAGAUUUUGUAAAAUAAUAUCUAAUGACUCUU